AUGGACCACAAUGACGGGGUCAUCCAAGCUCCAGCUGGCACCGUGGUGCCUCAGGAACUGCUGGAAGAAAUGCUUUGGUUUUUUCGAGUAGAAGAUGCAUCUCCUUGGAAUUAUUCCAUCUUUGCCCUGGUGGGUGUGGUGAUUGUGAUAAGCAUCGUCCUCCUGAGAAAGAGCAUCCAGGCAAACAGGAAAAACAAACCGGAAACAACAACUCUGGAAGUCCAAGACUUGGCUGAGGCCGGAGCCAGAGAGGACAACAACCUGAACAUGCUAAGAGAGACUUUGCUCUCAGAAAAGCAAAAUUUGGCCCAGGUGGAAACUGAGUUAAAAGGGAGAAAGGUGCCAUUGGUUCUCCUUCCAGACCCACAAGAAUCUGAGAGCUAA